AUGCAUUUCUCUACUGUUGGUAUCAUCGCGCUGCUGUGCGCUAGCGCCCAGGCCUGGGAAGUCACUGCUUACGACAAUGUCCGCGAUUGCAACGCUGACGACAACACCCGCUACCGAAUUAUCGGAGGCGCAUCUAACAACGAGAGAUGCUACACAUUUGACCAGGACAUGCCAGGCACCUCUUGCGCCGAAUUCCAGAGGGGCGGUGCCACACACAGCGGCUGCGUGUCGGGUUCGCUGCUCCCGCGGUCUGUUGUGUUCAAGGGUACUAGGUGCUCAGCCUUCAAUGAGCCCAACUGUCAGGGAAGCAAGUCGUUGCACACAGGCAACAUGAACGGCCGGUGGAGUUGCUCGAGUUUGGAAAGAUACGGUUGGGGCCCUAAACUCUAA